AUGACUAUCAUGUCUUUCGCAUCACAGUGGGCCCAGGCUGGUGAAAGAGGGGCCAGAGGUCAGCCGGCAGAAUUCCGUUUUACAGCAGAUGGAUUUCCUCAGUCAAACAAGUUUGAACGGUCCAUGCAAGAGACGCUCUGGCACCAGACAUCUCAACUGCUAUAUCGGGCUGCUGGCAUCGAUUCUUUCCGCGUAGUCUUUGCCUUGAUCAUCUUCUCGCUAACCCAACGGCCCUUGGAUACCACACGACCGUUUUUACGCACAAAUUCCAAGUUGAAAACGCAUUACGAGGAGUUCCAAGCUUUAGUGCAGGAUGACGAUGCCCCCAUAUUUCUGGAGAUUGCUCUGCGACAGCUCCUCGCUCAAAGGCGGAGACUGGAGCGUGUGGAACAAGACAUGGCGAGUCAAGGAAACGGCAAACGCGACCCUCUUCAGCAGGAAGACCGAGACACUUUCAACUUGCUGUAUUGGCUCGGAGUCAUGUUCGAUACCCUAUCGGCUGCGAUUUCUCAGCGUCCAGUCGUAGUCGACGACGAAGACAGCGAAUUGCCACGGUCAAACGGGCACGAGUACGCCGAAUCCCUCUCAUGGACUAAUCUUGCCAAUAUGUACAACGGCCAAUUCGCAAUGCCAAAAAAUUCCCCUAACACUUUUACUAGCACUCAACCAACUCAAAUCUCGGAGAGUAACGAGGUUUGGGGUGAUCUUUUCACGCGCGAUGGAACUUUGGAAGUGGACCCUGGAGCGGCGCGGUGGCCAUGUAGCUACAAGCUCGCCGCGUCAACACUAAGCUCGGCUGCGCCGGUGAAGGUACUCUUGUUCCGGCGGGUCGCACAUCUCCAAGCAUUGGUGUCGCGGAAAGUAUCCCCGGAUAGGAUCGAGUUGGGAAUAAACGCCGCAUUUCAAGUCUACAAUCAUUGGCACCGCACCUACGCUCCCUUCUUUUCAGACUGUGUAAAGUAUCACGCCACCCUCCCCACACGCGUACAAUCAUGGUAUAUACUUCUAGCAGGCCACUGGCACCUCGGAACCUUCCUGCUAUCUGACCUUCUGUCUACAAUUGACGAGACCAACCUCUCCCUCCCCAAUGAACGCACUUGCCGGCAAGCUUCGAAUCUUGUCGCCACACUGCGCCGGCAGAACGCUCUAGCAGUCGCCGACCUGAGUCUAGCUAGCAUACACAGCGUAAAAAGCAAUGAAGCAUCGGAAGACUUCCAUUUCGCACUAAGCCAAGCCGCACUAUUGACGGAACCGUGGACAGUGGUCUUUGUGCGCUCACUGUCCCGAGCAGGUUACAUUCUAGUCCAAAUCGCAGCUUCAGAUCCGAGUGAAGAGGAGCGCAACCAAGCGAGACAAAGAUGUGGCGAUUGUAUCGAGGGUCUCUGGUAUCUGGGGCGAAAAUCCGAUAUGGCGUUUCUCGCCGCACGCUAUCUAUCGGACAUGUUGGAGGAAGCGAUACACGAUACGAGUACAUGGACGGCCUUCGAAGAAGAAGGCAGUGAUAGUAUCCCAACGGUAUCGUCGCAGUUUGACACAAAUCCUAGUCCAGGGACUGAUGCGGCGAACACUGGGUAUCAACAGCCGUUUGAUUCGAUUGGUGCUUUUCCGCAGUGGUCGGUUGACGACUUGAUGGGCAGUUGUCAGCCGGAUAGCAAGCUGAAUGAGUGUGACGUGGUGAAUUUAGAGACUCCUAUAGAUGUCGAUAGCGCUCUGCUUUGGGACUUUAGUCUGCAGUGCUAG